CACUCACUCAUCAAAAAAAAAAAUUGGAUUAUUAGAAGAGAGAGGUCUGUGGCUUCCACGCCGUGGUUUUUCUUCUCGGUAUAAAAGCAAAGUUGUUUUUGAUAUGUGACAGUUUCCCACAAGCCAGGCUGAUCCUUUUCUGUCGGUCCACUUCACCAAGCCUGCCUUCGGAAAAGGACCCAAUGCCCAACCCCAGGCCAGCCAAGCCAUUGGCCCCUUCCUUGGCCCUCAGCCCAUCCCUGGGACCCUCACCCAGCUGGAGGGCUGCACCCAAGGCGUCAGACCUACUGGGGCCCAGGGGCCCAGGGGAAACCUUCCAGGGCCGGGACCUCCGAGGCGGGGCCCAUGCCUCCUCCUCAUCCUUGAACCCCAUGCCACCAUCGCAGCUGCAGCUGCCUACAGUUCCCCUAGUCAUGGUGGCACCCUCCAGGGCACGACUGGGCCCCUCGCCCCACUCUCAGGCACUCCUCCAGGACAGACCACACUUCAUGCAUCAGUUCUCAACGGUGGAUGCCCAUGCCCGGACCCCCGUGCUGCAGGUGCACCCACUGGAAAGUCCAGCCAUGAUCAGCCUUCCGCCACCCACCACUGCCACCGGGGUCUUCUCCCUCAAGGCCCGUCCUGGCCUGCCACCUGGGAUCAACGUGGCCAGCCUGGAGUGGCUGUCCAGGGAGCCGGCGCUGCUGUGCACCUUCCCCAGCCCUGGGGUACCCGGGAAGGACAGCACCCCCAUGCCACAGAGCUCCUACCCACUGCUAUCAAAUGGUGUCUGCAAGUGGCCUGGAUGUGAGAAGGUCUUUGAGGAGCCAGAGGACUUCCUCAAGCACUGCCAGGCGGACCAUCUCCUGGAUGAGAAGGGCAGGGCGCAGUGUCUCCUCCAGAAGGAAAUGGUGCAGUCUCUGGAGCAGCAGCUGGUACUGGAGAAGGAGAAGCUGGGCGCCAUGCAGGCCCACCUGGCUGGGAAGAUGGCACUGACCAAAGCUCCAUCUGCGGCAUCCUCUGACAAGAGCUCCUGCUGCAUUGUAGCUGCAGGCACCACGGGCAGUGCCUUCCCUGCCUGGCCUGGCCCCGGGGAGGCCCCCAACGGCCUGUUUGCUGUGCGGAGGCACCUCUGGGGCAGCCAUGGAAAUAGCACAUUCCCAGAGUUCUUCCACAACAUGGACUACUUCAAGUUCCACAACAUGCGGCCCCCUUUCACUUAUGCCACUCUCAUCCGCUGGGCCAUCCUGGAGGCUCCCGAGAAGCAGCGGACACUCAACGAGAUCUACCACUGGUUCACACGCAUGUUCGCCUUCUUCAGAAACCACCCUGCCACCUGGAAGAAUGCCAUCCGCCACAACCUGAGCCUGCACAAGUGCUUCGUGCGGGUGGAAAGUGAGAAGGGGGCUGUGUGGACCGUGGAUGAGUUCGAGUUCCGCAAGAAGAGGAGCCAGAGGCCCAGCAGGUGCUCCAACCCCACACCUGGCCCCUGAUCUCAAAACCAAGAAAAAAAGGAAGGACAGGGGCCAAAAUCAGGGGUGGAGGGGGCAGGGGUAACAGGCCCUGACCAUGCCCACAGAGACCAACAAGUGGG